AUGAUUGCUCACCGCUUGGCGCGAUGGAGAAGAAGUUAUACGACGUGGGCGAAAAAGGAAAAAAACGGUCCUGUGCACAAAGUGACGCAUUUUCAGAGCAGUGGCCAAUGCUGACGUGGUGGUUUGUGGCGGCGGAAUCUCUGGAACUUCGAUCGCCUACCAUCUGGCCAAAAAGGGAAAACGAGUUGCGCUCGUGGAGAAAGAUUCGUUAGUAAAUAUUCUCCGCCGACUUCAGAGCUUGACAUUGAAUCUUUUCAGAAUCGGUUGCUCCGGAGCCACUGGCCUCUCGGCUGGACUCGUUUCCUCGCCGAUUUUCUGGCAAGACACGAGCCUUCAGACGAUUGCUCAGGAAUCUCUCGAGCUCUAUUCGUAUCUGGCAAGGACGUGCAAAUUUCGUUAGUUUCUCGACAGAAUCUGUAAUUUUCACACAUUUCAAAAAGGUCUAGGCUUCGUAAAGUGUGGCCGGACGUAUCUCGCCUCAACGAUGGCCAACGAGAUCCUUCUGCGGAGGAUGUAUUCGCGUGGAAUUGUGCAUAACGACAAAGUCGAACUGCUCGAUUGUCAGAGUGAAAUGCUCGCGAGAUGGCCGUUCCUGCAGACCGAAGACGUCCAACUGGCGCUCUUCUCGCCGGAAGACGUGGCUCUGGAUCCGGUGGCCCUCUGCCAACACCUCGCCUUGAUUGCCAAGGACUACGGUAGGUACAGUACCCCUCAAAGCUUUUUCUGAUGCCUCUCAGGUGCACUUGUCUACGAGAGCAAUCCGGUGCUCGAAGUGCACAUCGGAGAUGAGAAACAGGUGUAUGGAGUGUCCACGAAAAUGGGAUUCAUCGAAACGAGUCAUUUUGUGGAUGCGGCCGGAAUUGUAGGUGUUCCCGAACUUUCAAUUCGAAUCCUUUAGUUUCCAGUGGGCAGGCAGUCAUCUCGUGAAAGCUCUGCCUCAUCAGCACGUUCAAACGGCCGCAUAUCCGUGCACGUACUCGUACAUACACACUUCGAAACUUCCGACCGGAUCUGUUAGUGAUAUGACGCCCAGUGAGUUCCCCUUCCGAAUCUGGCGUCUGACGCUUUUGAUCUUUCAGUUUUCAACGACCUUGACGGAAACGUGAUGCUCCGAACCACCUCGUUCAAAACCCUUUGUGCCGGAUUCGCCGAGGAAAGUGUGCGUCCGCUGGCCAGACAGACUGGAACGGCGACUCCCUGGCAACACCCGGAACCCGAUUGGAAUACGUUCGGUUAGUCUGACAACUUCAUCUGGAACUUUGACAUUUUCCUUUUUUCAGAUCCGAACCUCGAAAAGCUGAUCUCCCGAUGCCCUAUGCUCGGAGACUGCAACCACGGCGAUUUGAUCGUCGGAAUGGAGGCCUACACUCCGGACAAACUGCCGACAAUCGGAGAGAGCAGUCAGGCAAAGGGGUACUGGGUGAUGUGCGGAAUGAACGGACAGGGUCUCUCUCUGGCCGGAGGACUUGGAAAAGUGCUCAGCGAGCUGAUGUGCGAGUCGCAAAGCACGACGGCGGACGUGGCGAGAGUCGAUGUGGGACGGUUCAUAGACUUGCACGCGAACAGCCAAUAUCUGGUAGGAAGGACUCCGGAAGUGGCGGCACUCACCUACGCGAAUCUUUAUCAUUCGCAUCAGUGUCACACUGCGCGAAACCUCAGAAUGGCUCCGAUCUACCAUCAAUUGAGAGACGCCGGCGCCGUUUUCGGUGAAAUAAUGGGUUACGAGAGGCCGCUGUGGUUCGAGAAGUCGCCAAAAACGGAACGGAACGCACUGAACAGCGGGCAGGACUCGUUGAUCGGAAAGCCGGAAUGGUUCGAAAGGGUGGCCAGCGAGUACGAAGCGUGCAGAGAAAGGGUCGGACUCAUGGACAUGAGCAGCUUCAGCAAGUACGAUAUUACGGUAGGGAAGAGCAGGGAAGGAGCUCGGAAAGAUGGGACGUUUUCAGGGAGAAGAUGCGGUCGAGUAUCUGCAAUUCUUGUGCUCGGCAAACGUCGACGAACCGAUCGGAACGACGGUCUACACGGGAAUGCAACAUCAGAAGGGAGGCUACGUGACGGACUGCACGCUCAGUCGGCUCGGCGAGAAGAAGUUCUUCAUGGUCGCUCCGACUAUCCAGCAGGAGCGAGUCCUCGUGUGGAUGAAAAAGUGGCAGGCGAUUCUGAAGGCGAGAGUGCACGUGCAAGACGUGACCGGCGCCUACACGGCACUCGACCUGAUCGGUCCUUCCUCGCGAUACCUGAUGGGCGACAUCACGGGACUCUCGAUGUCGAGCACUGAUUUUCCGACUUUCCGAUGCCAGGAGAUCAACAUUGGCAUGGCGACGGGAAUCCGGGCGAUCAGUGUGACGCAUUGCGGAGAACUCGGAUGGGUCAUCUACAUUCCCAACGAGGUUUUCAUCGUCUUCCCCCCCAAAGUUGCCAAUAUAAAAUCAUUCAGGUCGCUCAAAAUGUGUACGAAAAGAUUGUGGAAGCGGGCAAAGAGUACAGUCUGCAGCACGCCGGCUACUACACCCUUCGACAGUUGCGGAUAGAGAAAUUCUACGUUUACUGGGGGCAGGACAUCAACGCGACGGUGACGCCGGUCGAGUGCGGAAGACUGUUCCGCGUUGAUUUCAAGGUUCCUCUCAGCUCCCGCUCAUCUACGUCGAAAGACAGUCUUUCAGAAGGAUUUUGUGGGAAAGAAGGCGCUGGAGGAGCAAGUGGAACGAGGCGUUUCGAAGCGAUUCGUGCAGCUUCUCGUCGACGGACACGACAAGGAAACGGAUCCGUGGCCGCAGGGCGGCGAGACGAUUCUGAAAGACGGACGGCCCGUCGGGCUGACCACUUCGGCCGCCUAUGGAUUUACAUUAGGCUGCCAGGUAAAGCGAAAUAAUUUUUCUAUUUUGUUUGCCGAUCCCAAACCAUUGGGUAAUCCCGCGAGAGCACAAUUAUUAUCCAACUCGCACCGUCAUCGGCCCCAGCCUUCCCACAAAUGACUGUCCGUCUAUUUGUUCAAAUGCCACGUUGCAUCUCGUUUGACCCCGCCACGUCAUCUCUUUCCGCCUCCGGGAAGGUCGCCGACUCUACAGAGCUCGGACCUCAUUAGCACCGUUCGUUGCACAUUGUCCUCUCGGACAGCUGGUAUCCAUCCGUCAACAGUCUUGACAAGAUGAGAGUGAGAGCGGCAAUAGAAUAGACAAAAAAGUGAAUGAGAGACAAGAAACACAUGGAAAUGAUCGCUGAGGGGAAUGGAAUAAUUGAACGGAAAAGUCAUGAUUUCAGGUGUGCAUCGGCUACGUAGAAAACAAGGAAUUCGGAGUGUCGCCUGAAUUCGUCAGUUCUGGACUCUUCGAAAUCAACAUUGCCGGAAAACGGUUCUCGUGCCGUGUGAACGUCCAUUCGCCGACGCUUCCGAUGAUAUCCAGCGAGCACCCACUCCACUACCGUCCGACCCAGUAG